UUUGUAUAUUAUCAAGUUGAUAAAGAUGUUAUGAAAUAUUUUAUCUUAUAUAAUAUUAGAAUUCAGUCUAAACAUCGGUUCCAUUGAAAAUGUAUCUGGGAUGGAUGAUUAUAUCCAGUUUUAUAUUAAUUGUUUCAAUAACUAAACUUCUAAUUUAUCUACGGACUGGAUGGUGUAAUAGCAAAAUAUGUUUAAUUGGGAAAACCGUACUAGUUACUGGAGCAAAUACAGGAAUUGGAUAUGAAACCGCACUUGAAUUUGCUAAGAGGGGUGCUAGAGUUAUUUUGGCAUGCAGAGAUCUCAUAAGAGCUGAACAAGCUAAAAAUAGAAUAAUCUCCUUGACGAAGAAUGAUAAUGUCAUAGUGAAAGAGCUUAACUUGGUUUCUCUAAAAUCUGUGAGAGAUUUAGCAGAAGAUAUAAAAAAAACUGAAGAUAAAUUACAUAUUCUAGUUAAUAAUGCAGGUGUUGGUUUCCUUAAACAUAAGUACACUGAUGAUGGAUUGCAGAUAUUGAUGCAAAUAAACUACUUUGGUCCAUUUCUGCUCACUGUUCUAUUGUUAGAUUUGUUGAAAAGAAGCGGUUCUAGUAGGAUAAUUAAUGUUGCAUCUUACCUAGCAAAAAUAGCUGAUUUAACACCUGAAAAUAUCAAUAAACCGAAAGAAGGUUAUACUAACUAUGGAAAUAGUAAAUUGGGAAACAUUUUGUUCACAAUGAAGUUAGCGAGGCUAUUGAAGAAUUCUGAUGUAACGGUUUAUUCAGUACAUCCAGGCGUAAUAGCAACAAAUAUCUUCAAUUUCUAUAAGGGUAUUGGAAAGUUAAUUCUGAAUUUUUUAUCAAGUCUCUUUUUCAAAACCCCAGAACAAGGUGCUCAAACUACUUUAUACACUGCUCUAGAACAAGGGAUUGAAAAGUAUUCAGGCGGACAUUUUGAAGAAUGCUCUUUAGUGUCAACUUAUGCAAAAGCCAAAGAUCCAGAUUUUUCCGACAAAAUAUGGAAUAAAACUAUUGAAAUCUUGGAUAUAGAGAAAGCGGUAGAAGACUGUUUAUUUUCUGAUUAAGCAGUAUAUAUCAUUGUUUUUGACGAAUUUAUAAUCAGGGAUGCAUUUUACUUAUUGUUCAAUUGAAAAAUAAAAUAUAUUCAAUUUGUU